GAAUGUCGAAUUUUUAUUACAAUAUAAUGUGGUAGUAGUAGUAAUAAUAAUAAUAAUAAUCAUAGUUUCUAUGGGACCAUUCGACUACAACGUUCUGUUAAUGAAAUAAUGAAAAGUGACAAUAUCAUUUUUCUGAAAUGAACAUUGAUUGUAAUAAAAUCGGAAAGUGACUUAAUUCUAUAUUUUUUUUAAAAGUAGCAAUAACUAGUCACAGUAUUUAAAGCAUUUUAACAUUGAACAAAUCUUUAUUAAAUUGUACUAACGUAAUCAUAAUUAAAUUAUUCUAUUUGGAAUUUUCAAACUGGAUAUGUCUGUAAAAGAACAAAAUAAUGAUACUGAAAAUUAUGUGGAUACGUCUAUGGCACCAAGGAAAAAUCGGCAAAACGAUCGACAGACAAUAUGUUUAUUGUAUGCAUCAUCUGUUGUGGCUGCAAGUCUUUCAAUUGCAGUUGCGUCAAUGCAAUACGCUGAGGAGGUUGAUCAACAGACUAUUACUGCCAAGUGGGGUAGACCUUUGUUUUCAAGUAGUCUCUAUGCCACAUGCUGUCUACUAUUAAUUAUAAUGGCUGGUUACUUCGAGUUUCAUAGAAUGGAGACAUUCGAAGCUGUAUAUCGAGGAACUGGACCGGUUCCAUUCAGUGUAAAAUUUUCAGUCAAAGGUGAAAAAGUCAAUCUGUAUUUACGGCUUGGGUUAGCAAUGUUUGGGUUAAUGAGUAUUGGUCACGUUGCUGUUAAAUGUGUUGAAGAAGCCGAAAUCACUGACGCUGUAUUCAAUUUAUACUUGAAAUCGAUAUUGGAAAUGGCAUUUUAUGUACUUCAAACAUUAUUUAUACUCAGAUAUCAUAGGUUAGUAAUCUUACAAUACAAUGAAGUUAUGGGUGCAUUUCUUGUUCAUUUACUUACUACAAAUUUAUGUAUAUGGGCUGAUAUAUCAGUUGGAAAAAUUGAUAAAACAUUAUGGUAUGGUAAUCAAAAGAAAUCAAGUGAACAUACUUAUAAUAGAAGUGAAAUGAAUAAUAAUUUAACUUUAUUAGAUAAUCGUACACAUUUAUAUAAUUUAGUUGAUAUUUCAUUUUAUUUAUUACCAACUGUUAGUGAAUAUUGUUUAUUAGCUGCAGCAUUAUUAUAUGAAAUUAUAAUGAGAAUUGGUCAACCAACAUUUAUUGAAAUAGAAAGACCACAUGAUUUAAAAAAAGAUCACAAGAUACUUCGAGAUUGUCGAGGUUGGAGUACAAGUUCUGGAGCAUGGUUUGGUAUAAUUACAGUACUUAUAAUUAUUGCAUUAACAACAUUAACAGUAUCUGCACCGAAUCACAUUGAUUUAAAGCAAAAUUUAUGGAAAUGUAUUGUUGUUUUAGCUGAAGAAGCUAUAUUAAGCCUUUUUGGGAUAUUAUUUGUAUUAAUGGCAUUUUAUCAAACAAGACGCUUAAAAUUUAGCAUUGCUACAAGACAAAGUCGUGUUGAUGAAUUUCUUUUAUAUACAGCUUUCUUUUUUGCUGCAAAUUAUACAAUAACAACAAUUAUAUUAGCUGCUGAUUUAGAAGCAAAAGGAAAUGGUAUACCUAACACGAGUGGUAGUGAGAAGCAUUUACUAAUUGGUCGUUGUUUAGUCGAUGCUUUUGAAUUUGUUCAGAUGGUUUUACAAACAUACUUUGUGCAAGAUAGUUUUUAUCGAUGUAGUGAUAGAAUAGAACAGCAAAUUGUCAAACCCGGAAGACAAUCGAUUGUUGCAUUGCUUGGAAUAAAUUUAGCUUUAUGGAUUCAAAAAAGCUUUCAGCUUAAAAGUGCAGAUAUCUUAUUCAUGUUGGAAACAAACCGUGGCACUUAUGGUUGGAUUUUAUUUGUUGUAACAAUGCCAAUUAGUUUAUUCUAUAGAUAUCAUUGUACAGUAUGUUUAUCACAAUGUUUCAAUAAGUUAUACGAAGAUGAGACACACCGAUUUGAAGAAAUGUGGCGACACCAAGUUGAUCCAUUUACUGAUAUUCUUGUUCGGUCAACCGAUUCGUUUUCUGAAUAUGAACAAGCUAAGACAUCUCUUAAACCCACCAGUGAAGUACAAGUCACCAUCGAAAAUGAUGACAGACAAAACAGAAAAUUAGCUGUUUUUUCAAAAACAAAACCUUGGAGAACAUUUGACUUAACAGACGAAACUGAGAAUGAUGGGAAAGCAACCUUAAUGGGUCAAAAUCAUCACGUCCAUAAUAAAUUACAAGUGAAUAAAAACGGUCAUGAUGAAAACAUCCUAAUGGGUAACUCUAUUCAAGACGAUGAAAAUUACCUAAAACCAAAUAAACAAUUAUUCGACUCAGAAAUACUUACAGAAAGUCAAGAUCAAGAUAAUUUACGAUGUGAUAGUAAUGUAUCAGCCCAUGAUGAUGAGGAUAAAUCUCCAAAAGCAAGUAAAACCCCUGAAAUUUGUUUAUCCGACACCAGUGCAGUUAUUACACAGAAAAAUGAUGAUCACUUAACUAAAGAUCGAUUAACCUCAGCACGAAACAGUUACACGUGCUUAGCAAUGCGUAGAUAUUCUCUAGUAAUCUUACCUUCAGAUCAGUACUCUAGUAAGAACGAGGAGUUUAACGCAGUAACUAUUGACAGCAAAACGUUUGACAAAAAUCUACAGGACCACUUGUCUGGAGUUAGACAAACUCCUGAGCGCAGGCAGGUUAGACGUCGUAGGACAUUAAAGAAUCUUGAAACUGCAAAGCACAGAGUUCUUGCAGCAGAAUUGGCUCAUCGGAUGGUUAUUGAACGAACUAGUGGAGCAUCUCCUUCUACAUAUUUUGUCGAUGCCAACAUAUCCAACCUUGACAAUAACAAUCAGUUUUACCAUGAACUAAAAAACUCAUUGUUAUUCUCAACUAGGCCUUCAGAUGCUGCCGAAAAUUCUCCUAAACUUACAUGCGUACAAAGUUCAGCGAAUGAAUUUCGUAUAGCUAAAGCUGUCACUGAGACAGCAGCAAUAACAAUUGCUCCAGUUGAGUCGAAAAUUGCAGCUAACAUACCACUAAUAACUUUUAAUCAAUACCCAGAUCCAUUAAACAAACAAAGUGACAUCAGCCAUAAAAGUCACUUGUCAGUGUUGCAAUUUCAUCAUAGACGAAGUGCUGCAAACAUUAAUCGUGUUAUGGAUGAAUUAAAAAAUGAGGAUGAAUUUCAAAAACGCUUACACAAACGAAGUUCAUUUAAAGAAGGAAAUUGGCCAUCGAAAAUUGGAUUUCAUAAAUCCUUCAAAAGUCAUUUUACUAAAUCUUCAUCACCUGAAUCAAACCUUGCUCAAAAGCAUUUAAAACCUGAACACAGUAUAUCUAAUGAAAAAUCUAAUACUUGUCCAAUAAUUACUACUUCUGAUCAAACAAAUGAUAAAAAUUCAAUCAAUCUAACUCUGAGUUCAAAUCCUGAAGUACCUAUAUGUGACCUAAAAUUAACUAAAGGUGAAUAGUAACUUAUUUUUACUCUACUUUAAUUUUUUACCUCCUUUUAUCAUUGUUUUAUUUUAUUGUCCAUUAAAUUCGUGAUUUUUAGUCAGAACUUUAGAAAUCUACUACUUUUUACAUUGAUUUCAUUCAGCUUAUUAUUUCAUACAAAAAAGAUCCGGAGGAAACUCAGGUAUUUUAAUUAUAUUGAAUAGUAGAUAAUCGCUAGUGUAUAUCAUAACCAUCUUUAUUACUCUUAUCCAUAUCAUUGUACAAAUAUGCAUAUAUCAAAAAAUUUUCUCACAUUUAUCUGAUUCAUUUUUUUCCUCUGUUUCAAAAAUAAAAUAAAUAUAUAUUCGAUUCAG